UGAUUUUCCUUUCGUUUGUUUGUUGAGGUUUACAGUGAUUUUUGCGAUGAAAAUUGAUGUUUUCUUAACAAACGUUCGAUAACCAUGUUUGUGCAAAAUAUUUCUAUGAGAGAUUGAUAAAGCUCGCAAUCAUGAAUGUCUUAGAGAAGGCAGAAAAGUCAUUAGAAUUUUUGAAAAGCGGGGAAGGAAGUGCGAAGGGCCAUGAGCUGCAGGCUGCUGCCGGGACCCUAGGUCGUUGUUUAGGAGCUUUAGGAAGUCGUCCAAAUUGUGCUAGACAUUAUGGUAAUUUCUUACACUCUGCCGUACCUAUUUUCUUGUCUUUGGCUAGCAACGAUAGUGCUGAAGUGCGACUAGUAGGAGAUGAAGCUUUGAAUCGUUCAGUUGCUGGAGGAUUUGCUUUUCAUUCAUACAAAACAAACAUUAUACUACAAAAUCAAAUCGACCAUAACAAAAAUGCAAGAUGGAUCAGAGCAGCACUCUCUCGUAUAUGUCUUGGCGACUGCUGGUUACGUCCAGGUGUUGGCAAGAUACGGACCCAAGCACAAACAUUAUUUCCAAAGCUCAGCCAAAUUGUACAACAUACAAAUGAAAUACAACUCAUUGUUGAGGCGUUAGAGUCUAAUUUGCCAAGAAUUUUAAAUGCAUUGGCUGAAUAUACAACUGAUGAAGAGAUUUCAGAAUUAUCUAAAGCGUUACUAUCACAUGUGGAUUGCUCAGAAGCUUCUGUACGGAGAGGGAUAGCUAAUUGUGUAGCGCAUCUCACUUCACAUAGAGAACCGUUGCUUACUAAUAUAUUGAAUAAAGUGUUUGAAAAUCUUUGGCCGACAGCGGCGAGUGAUACGAUUAUUGUCGGAUGGUUUUGCGUCAUCAAAGCCAUGUUCCAGAUCAAUGAUAUGGAGAAAUUCACAGAUAACGAUUUAUUUGGUGUUCAAGAUUAUUUAGAGCUCUAUCAUCUAUGCAUACAUUAUUUGGAACAAACAACAACUGAACAUAAUGUACAGAAUGCAGUGAUGGAAUGUCUGUCCGUGUUAUUGUCACAAGCCAACGCUGAACAAAGGAGGGCUUUGUUGGACAAACAUCCAAGAUUAGUUUGCUUAGAUGAUAGGAAGAGUGAAAAGGGGCAUCGAAGGCAUAUAAGUUCAGUGAGCGCGGUGUCAUGUCGCAGCGCGCCCAGUCCGUUAACAGAGGGUCGCGAGCUGGACGUGCUGGUGCGUGGCGCGCUGCAGCUCGGCAGUCUGCUGCAGCUUACCACGCCCAGCCUCAGCGUUGAAGAUCUCACUAUACAGACACCAGAUUCACCGGCAAGUGACAAAGAUAUACAGCUACGGGAUGCUGAACAACUGUCCAAGGAGUUAGCGGAGAAACUGGAAGAAAUGGAUGUCACCGACCACUGUGAUGAUGAUGUUCAUAUACAUGAUACCUCUUUUAAGAUAAAUAUCGGGUCAUCAAGUGAUGAUGACGUAGUACUGAAAUACUGCGCGCGAUUGUUGACCUCAAAGUUUCUACUGACUGGGAAUAAAGGAGGGUUCAUACCUGAUAGAUCGAUGAGAGUGUCAGUGAAGGCGUCAGCUUUGACCUGUCUGUCAGAGAUUUUGCGCGUGUACCCGCAAGUUAUGACUAUAUAUUUAGACAAAGAUGCAGAUAUCAAACUGCAGAAUUAUUCCG